UAUUCACACUGUGUUUCCCCAUGGAGUCAUGCUGAGCAGGUAGCAUUACACAGCACAGAGCACACAGACAGGCAGCAGCUGGCAGAGCUCAGCUCGGCUCCCACUAAGGUGUGUCCUGUUGCCUUGAGCCAGGUGACGUCACGGAUACCUGAGCCAGGCAGGAAAGGGAGCAGAGCCGGCCAUUAGCCCAGCACUGAGCAGGCAGACGGAGAGUGCGGGAGGAGGAGAGCGGUCCGGACAGUGUAUCCAGCGGGCGGCGGAGGGAGUUGGAAUCCACAGCCGGGAGAGCGUCCUAUGAGCCCAGGUGGAGGUAGAUCAUGGCUCUGCAUCCUCGACGUGUUCGGCUAAAGCCAUGGUUGGUUGCCCAAGUAGAUAGUGGGAUAUACCCGGGCCUUGUGUGGUUGAACAGAGAUGCUAAGAGAUUCCAGAUCCCUUGGAAGCAUGCAACUCGGCAUAGUCCCCAACAGGAGGAAGAGAACACAAUCUUUAAGGCCUGGGCAGUGGAGACCGGUAAAUAUCAAGAAGGUUCUGAUGAUCCAGACCCAGCAAAAUGGAAAGCCCAGCUGCGUUGUGCACUUAAUAAAAGUCGAGAGUUUAAACUAAUGUAUGAUGGGACUAAGGAGGUUCCAAUGAAUCCCAUAAAAAUAUAUGAAGUCUGUGAUAUACCCCAGUCUCAAGGGUCCAUUGUUAACCCAGGUUCCACUGGGUCUCUUUGGGACGAUGAUGAAUAUGAUGAGGAAGAGAUGCCUCAGUCUCAACAUAAUGUACCCAUCCAAGAGCCUUUCAACUGUUUAAACAUUAAUGCUAAUUCUCCUAUGGGUCCUUCCAGUGUGGGCAGCUGCACCCCUGAACAGACGUGGCCAAAAUCGGAACCACUGGACAUGGAGGUACCUCCAGCUCCUGGCCCUGCAGAGUUUUUUAGCUCUCCUGAGUUGUGGAUAAGUUCUCUACCAAUGACAGACUUGGAUAUCCAGUUUCUGUACAGAGGAAAAGAGGUGGGCCAGACUAUGACUGUUAGCAAUCCUCAAGGCUGUAGACUUUUCUAUGGUGACCUUGGACCAAUGCCCAACCAGGAAGAGCUAUUUGGACCAAUUAGCCUUGAGCAGGUCCGGUUCCCUGGUACAGAGCAGAUAGUGAACGAAAAACAGAAGAUUUUCACGGGCCGCCUCUUGGAUGUCAUGGACAGAGGUCUUAUAUUAGAAGUCAGUGGGCAUGCCAUCUAUGCAGUUAGGCUUUGCCAAUGCAAAGUCUAUUGGAGUGGACCCUGCGCUCCUUCUCCAAACAUGCCAAAUCUUAUUGAGAGGCAGAAGAGAGUUAAGCUCUUCUGUUUGGAGUCAUUCUUGAGCGAACUCCUUAAUCACCAAAAGGGUGGUCCCAGCAAACAGCCAGCCUAUGAAAUCUACUUGUGCUUUGGUGAAGAGUGGCCAGAUGGCAAACCCAAGGACAGAAAGCUGAUAAUUGUACAGAUCAUUCCAGUGGUUGCUCGUAUGAUCCUUGAGAUGUUUUCGGGAGAUACUAUGCGCUCCUUUGACAGCGGCAGUGUGCGACUGCAAAUUUCAGUACCUGACAUCAAAGACAACAUUGUCACACAUCUAAAGCAGCUCUAUCGCCUUCUACAGAAUCACCAAGGACCAGAGGGAUGGCCUUUACUGCAGCAACAAAACAUGCACAUGGCCCCGGCUUUACAGGCCCAGUGAGCACUGCUGAUGGCUUAGAUUUGGAAUGUUUGUCUAAAAUAAACAAGGAUUCCAAUUAGUAUGACUUUCAAUCAAUUCCUAAGCAGAAGCUGUGAUCUGCUUAAAGUCCUGUCCUAUAGGUGACAUUUUAGAAGAUGAAGUCCUUUUCAAAUAUGGAAAAAAUUUUGUCUGCUUUUGGAAGAUGAAAGUAUGGAACUGUUUGAGUAGUUAAAUCUGGAUAUGCUGAAAUCUGUUUAUGGAGAGAUGUUAUUCUCACUUUCACUUUUUUCCCUUAUUUCUUUAUUCAUGAUGACCAAUUUUCUUUUGUAGUUAGUUUUUGGUUAUUUUUUUUGUUUUUAAUAAGCAUUGCCGUUUAUCAUUAAGUGCCUAGAAAGAGCUGGCUUUUCUGUGGCCUAUGCAAUAAUAAUCAAGACCCACAUUUUUUACUCCUCCUACAUAGCUAUUUAUUUUUUAAUACAGCAAAAACACUGUAUAUAUCAUUCUACAAUGAAAUCAGAGGGGUUGGGGACGAUUCCCAAAUAAAAUAAUCUCAAGAGUUGUUUAAUACAUUUUGGCCUACAUGAGUUCUGGUCUUCAUUAUGCAUGUAAAAUUUCUACAUUUCAAAAACAGUGUAUAUAUAAAGUA